CGCACAUCCAGGCGCCUUCAUUUCACAAACCCACCCGCGCAGGGAAGCAGCAGUGGAGCGCGUCUGAGGAGCAGCGCUGCUGGGAGUGUGCUUAAAAACCGAGCUGCCAGCCGUUCAGCAGUCAAAACAACGUUAUUCAGGCGUCUUCGCCACGUUUUAUUUCGUUAUUUUUUCCAUGUCGAAUGAUCCUUCAAGAGAAAUCAGUUCCAGAGACGAGACUGAAGCCUCGCGAUCAGAGUGAAACUGCUGCUGCGCUGUUUGGGUGCCGUGUUAGCGGGCUAGCUUAGCCUGCUCCAUCCGAUACACACCGCACCGACGAACAAAGAAGGAGAAAAACACAUUUCACACGCUUUGCUGGGCUAAAAGGUCUGCGUCAAUAUUUGAACAGAAAACUGUCAUGAUGUUUCCACAAUCCAGGCACUCGGCUUCAUCACAGCAGCUGAAGUUCACGACAUCAGACUCUUGUGACCGCAUUAAAGAUGAGUUCCAGUUCCUCCAAGCACAAUAUCACAGUCUAAAGCUAGAAUGUGACAAACUGGCCAGUGAGAAGUCAGAGAUGCAGCGUCAUUACAUCAUGUACUAUGAGAUGUCGUACGGAUUGAACAUUGAAAUGCACAAGCAAGCAGAGAUAGUGAAGAGAUUAAAUGCAAUCUGUGCUCAAGUCCUGCCUUACCUGUCUCAAGAGCACCAGCAGCAGGUCCUGGGAGCUAUAGAGAGAGCCAAGCAGGUCACACCACCAGAGAUGAACUCCAUUAUCCGGCAGCAGCAGCUUCAAGCACACCAGCUCUCCCAGCUGCAGGGGUUGGCUCUACCUGUGACCCCUCUCCCUCUGGGCCUGAGUCAGCCAAGCGGCCUGCCCACCGUGACCUCCAGCUCCGCCCUCUUCUCCCUCUCCAGCAUCCUGGCAUCACAGGCCCAGCUUGCCAAGGAGGACAAGAGCGCCAGAGAUGCCUCGGACAGCCACCGUGACGAGGACGCUGACAAAUCCGACUGAACACCGCUCCUCUGCCUGCUGUUGGCUGUAACCUCAUCCUGCAGUGCUCGCUUACAGCACAAGCGCAUUGUCUCUCUCUUUCUUUGUCCUCAUUGCUGUAAAUUGCUAUUGCGAUCUUGAUCAUCUGUUCUUGAUUAUUCCACUAGCUUUAUAUUCAGCAGUCCACUUUUUUUUAUAUUUUUACUAUAUAUUUAGUUAUUUUUCUGGCAUCUCUCUGAGUGUAUAUGUAUAUACCUUUUAUGUACUGUGUUCCAUAUUCUGCUUCGUCUCAGCAUGGCCAUCCAGCUCCACUGAGGCACCACCAGUGUUUCUUUGAGCACAGUUUUAUCUCCCCCAACUUUGCUUUUACACGUCACCUUUUAACUCUGACAGAAUGAAGAGAAAAAGAAACGAAUAUAAUGAAGGUCAGCAGUAGUAUCUGAAUUGCAGAAUGCAUGCUGUAUUUUCUGCAGAUUUUUUGCUAUGGGUGUAGUUUAACUCUAUAAAUAGCAGCUAAAUGGCUUACAGUGAGUUAUGAUAAAGCUGACUUUUUAAAGGAAUAUUUUAACAAAAGAAUUUUCAUUCAUGAGAAAGGUUCAGCCUAUCAUUUAUUUCCUUAGUUUUGCACUGGACAUUAGCUAAUAUGUUAAUAUAACUUUAAAAAAAAAAGUAAUGGAAGUCUCUCUCACCCAAAAUCUUUUGCUUAAACACAUUCUCAACUAGAAGGGCACUUGGUAGCGUGCAUACCUUUACCAAAUCACAUAUUCGGAUUUGCGUCAAAAUCCUUGGCCCGUGGUUCACCUUUUCUCGAAAUUUAAUCAAAAUCAGUUCACUACUUUUUGAGUUACAGUGGGAAGACAAAGAAACAGAGGUGAAAACAUAACCUCCUUCAUCAAAGUUGGCAGAGGUAAAUAUUCACAUAUUUGCCCUAAACAAUAUCACUAAGCAGUGUGGUCCUUUGUUAAUUAACAGUGUUAAUUAACAGUGGAAGGACAGUCCAUAUUUACAAACUGACUUCCAGGUUUCUGAUACAGUUCCUCAUAGUAUGUGUCUGUGUUUCAGCGUGCAUGCCGGAUUUGUUUUUAGAUAUUAGGGCAAUACGAGUUUUGUCUUAACAUUAGUGCCUAAUAAUAAAAGUGUUGUAUUGUUACUUAACAGAAAAUGUAUAAUCAUUAUUAUGUUGAAUCUUUGUUUAUUUAAUAUAUAUGGAAGGAGUCUCCAGUGCAAAUAUUUGUAACCACAUCAAAUCACAUCUACGAAAUGUGGUUUUGAGGCAAAUAUAUGGUUAUGUAAUUCCAGCAUAUAUUUUGGGUGAAAGACACAACAUUUAAACGAAGGGAACAUUUUUUUUAUUUUUACAUUUAAUCUACUUUAUUCUCAAAAUAUUCCUUUAAACUGUUCGAGGUCACUGCAGUGCAACACUGAGAGAUUGUGGAUUAGUGAUGAUAUUCGCUAGAUUUAAAAUGAUCUACAACUUGUCUGGCCCCUGUUUUUUAUUUUUUAUAUAUAUAUAUAUAUAUAUAUAUAUAUAUAUAUAUAUAUAUAUAUAUUACUGUUUAAUGUGUGUGGAUUCUGAAAGUGUGCUUGUUUUUUUUCUCACUGUCGUAGACAGAGAGCAUUUAGCAUCAUUAAUCAGAACAGCUAACCCUCUCACCAAGUGAAGGGGUAAACUGUUUGGAAAAAAAAUUCUAAUCUUUUUUAAUGCUAUUAUCUGUUACUGUCAAUUUGGUAAAAGAAAAUUGUGUUUUUGUGUUGUUUUUCCUAGAAAUAUGUGGAGAAAUAAUAUGAUGGAAAUUUUUAUUAUGAGAAACGAGAAGCACUUUCUCUCAGCAGAUAUCCCGUUAGAUGCAUGCAAGUGAUUAAAAAAAAAAUUAAAAUACAUUUAAAAAUAAAUUUUAAAAAAGGUCAGGUGCUAAAGCACAUGAAUAAUAUGAGGCCCAAGGAUCCUCGUAUUGUAGAACUAAAACAGAGCACAUUGUGUUUUCUUUAAGAAAACCAAGUAACAUUUUUAUAAAGUCUUCUGAGUAAGGCUUUACUUUUUCCCCCCUUUUUCUUUUUCUCUUUCAGAACUAAUGCACAGUCUUCUGUUGUGCCAUUCGUCCAGGAUGAAAUUCUUUCUUUCCAUCAAUAGGGGGCAGUAAGCUUUCAGCAUGUUCUGUUCUAGCCAUGAUCACGAUCUCAGAUUAUUGUUUUUUUAAAACCUUUUUAACCUUUACACAAAAGUCCCUUUCUUUUUUGCAGAAUGAGAUUAGUGAUGCAUUUAAAUGAAGUGAAUAUUUAUCCAGUCAGCUGUGAGUGAGCUGCUUAUUAAACAAACAGAAAUAAUUUGUGUAUUAAUUCAAUUUAUUUGACUGAUAACCUGCAUUAGGAUCUUUUUUUUGUUGUUAUUAGAUUCCUUUACACAAGCAACCUGAAGUAGAAAGCCUCGCCUUUCUCCUGAGGAGUCUGUGUACAGGACGUCACUGUGAGUUUUUCUUUUCAGUGCAGCUUGUUUCAUUCCUGACAGAAAAAAAAAAAUCCUAAGUUUUAAGUAUUGGAACUCAAUCCACAUUUCAUGUCCUGUGCACAACUGUUUAUAUGCUUGUAUAUGUGUGUUGCAGUGUACAUGGCAGUACAAAUGUAUACUUUUUUUAAUGAUGCAGAUGUUUUAGGUACUUUUUAGGUAUUAAUUCUGCCAUUUUAUAUAUUUGUUGUAAGCAGAUGUGUGCUUUAGAUCCACUUUAAAUAUCGAUAUAAAUUGUUCUUUUAAUCUGCCACUGCCAACAACACGUAGAAAUAAUCCCCAUUCUCAACCUAUUGAAUGUUGUUUUACUCUUCAAACUAAUUGUUACUUUAUACGUAUUGAAAUGUUUUAGCAAUGGGACACGGCACCAUUUUGUGUUUAUAUCCUCAUGAGACCCCACUGUGUUGUACAAGGACAUCCCUUUCUUUGUCUCAAAUGAAUUUCUGUUUGUACGUACAUCGCAAGCUAGUAAAUAAUAAAAAGAAAUGAAAAUGCAUAACGUAGUUCAGGUCUCAAGAGGAUAUAACAGCAGCAGGACUGACUGUUGUGACAAAAAGUGGUUUGAUAUGAAGCAAAACAGGAAGUGUCUCUUUAAUGGAAUCUACUUGUGCUGGUGUAAAAGUGCCAGAUUGUAUAACCACCAACAUGCUUGAGGAUGCCUUGCUUUAUCAGAUACUUUAUUUCUGUAGCUGUUUCUCUCUCUCUCUCUCUCUUCCUCUCUAUAAUGCCACACCCCUGUGUGGAUCUGUUGUCAGACAUGUUGAUUUCUUCUCCUGACUAAUUAAAUGUUGGUGUUCGUCUCACAGAGGCAGUCAGGGACGGUAGUCCUGUUCUACAUGGAACUAGAGCUUUAUGUGUCCACUGAUCCAUCUGUAUUACUGAUCUUGAGUGACUCUGUUUUAGAAAAGACAUUAUGAGCCCCUGUAAGCUCCUCUCACCUCACACCCUUUUCUUCUUCUAUCAUUGAUUGCUCUCGGCUUGACCAUUUGCAUUUAUUUCCAUAAUGCACUGUAAGCAUUUUGUGCUUUGUAAAAAUGUUUACCUUUUAUUUUCUGAUUAUAGUACAAUCUAAAGUGCAAAAUUAACAGUGUUAUACAGUAGUCUGAGGAUGAAAUGUUAACAAACACACACAAGGUAACAUUUUACUUUAUAUAAAUGGAUAUUUCUGCAGUAAGGAAAUGCUGCUGGUGCCUUACAAAUAAAAUCAGAUCAGUGGAGGAAAUGGGAAA